UGAUAUUGAUAAACUAAAACAGAUUGACUGUUUGUGUCCGCGUGUUAUUUUAGAUCAUUAAUUGUGACUGUUAAACAUCCCAAUUAACUUGUUGGUGGUUCUUAAAAUAAAAUUUUUAACCAUCUUUGUACUAUUGUUUGUUCGAUCGUUUUAAUUUUUCUCUUCUCAAUCAAAACAUCUUGGUGCAAUCAUGGGUUCUAAAGAUCCUAACGGGGAUGAAUUAAACUUCGAAGAGGAAGAGGAAGAAUGUCCAGUACCAAAAGAAAUCAAGUCAUACGUGGAAGCUGAUAGGUGGAGAGACGAGGACAAAGAGGAAGAUAUUAAGGAUAAUUGGGAUGAUGACGACGAAGAAGAGGAAGUGAAAGAAGAUCCAAAUCCUGUUGUAGUUAAAAAGAAGCCAUUAAAGGAAAGAAUUGCAGAGAAGGAAGAGAGACGACGACAAGCAGAGAUGGAAGCUGAGGCCUUAGCAAAUAAAGUCAAAACUCCUGAGGAAAUCUUGGCUGAAAAAUUAGAAGCACAAAGAUUACAAGAGGAGUCCGAUCUUAUGUUAGCGAAAGAAACUUUCGGUGUUGGUGCACCUAACUGUUUAAGCGGUGUUGAAUUAGUUACAAAGGAUAAUUUUGAAGACUUUAAAAAACUGUUAGUGGAUAAAAUGAUGUCCGCUGAAAAAUCGCCUUUAUAUAUUGGCUUUCUAGAAACUCUUUUCAGAGACUUGUGCGUUGGCCUUGAAGUUGAUGACAUCAAAAGAUUAUCAAGUAGUUUGAAUGCACUAUAUAAUGAAAAAAUCAAAGCUCAAAAGUCUGCCAAACCCAAGAAAAAGGCUUUAGUUAAGUCAUCUAUCAAAUUAGAGAGGAAUAAUCUACAACCUGAAUAUGAUGAUGAUUAUAUGAAUGAGUAUGAGGAAUUUUUGUAACCCAGACAAAUGCCACUUAGUCUUUUUUGUGUGGGCCAUUUUCAUUUUUGCAACAAAAAUGCCUGAACAUAUAUAUAUAUAUUAAUUACUAUAAUAAGAUCAAAAGAUCAGUUUUCACAUUUUUAACAGCUUUCCGUUGUUAUCAUGUUAACUCAAAUAUUUAUUUUUUCAGAAAAGUUAAA